AUGUUUUGUGAUGAUCAAGAUGAUGACAGUAGUUGUAGUAAGCCCCCGGAUCUCACCAAGCGCAAGCGCUUCUCAAAAGAGGAGGACAUGCGUCUAAAGCAACUAGUUAGCGGAGGAAGAGAUCGCAGCUGGGAUCAAAUUGCGAGGGAGAUGCCGGGGAGAACUGCUAGGCAGUGCAGAGAUCGUUAUAAUAAGUAUCUCUUCAAGGAGAUUAGUUCCGCGUCCUGGACUUCGGAAGAAGAUGAAAUUAUUCUUCAAAUGCACAAGAUACACGGACCGAAAUGGUCACUUAUAUCGAAAAGUCUUGAUGGACGAUCAGGUAACAACGUCAAAAAUCGUUGGUACAAAUUUCUAUCAAAACAGCAAUCAAACUCUGCCAAUCCACAAAUUUCAACCGAACCUGAAAGCGAAAAUGAUGUGGAGGGAUCAAUAAUAAUGCAUAAUUUAAAUCACGAGUUUGGUUCAUUCAUUGGAACUGUCUUCGAACAAAACUAUGACACAUUCGAUGAAUGGGAAACAUUCACUCUUUAA